GUAGGUUAGGUCUAUUGAGCCACAAGUGUUCACUGUGUCCACCAGCAAUCUGACCAGAACUGAAGAAGCGGCUUGGACGAGCAGCGAAACGUUUUCACUCCAACAACUUUUUGUCCAGUUGACAGAUUGUAUAUUUUGACAGAUUGUACUAUUUAAGGAGGGGACUGUAAGCGCAAUAUUCCGAUGCCCUGAGAGAGUAAAAGGAGCGAGUGAUGGAUACGCGCUUCGUCUCUCAGGCAAAAAGACAGUCACAGUUGGGACCUGCUGUGGACUAUCCAAACAAGAAGAUAACAAUGUGGAAGGCGACUCUCUUAGUGUUUGUGUUGCUCAACAUGGCAGACGAAGUGAUUUCAAGCAAUGUCUCUACCAGCUCUGCUCCUUUCUUGGGCAAACUUUUGGUGAUCCCAAUGGAUGGAAGUCACUGGGUGGGCAUGAAAGCAAUUGCUCAGGAAAUGGGUCGUCGUGGGCACCAGGUGACAGUUGUAAUUCCGGAGAUCAGUGUCCGUAUGGGUCCAGGGAAGCACUACCAGACUGUCACUUUCCCUGUCCCGUAUGACAAGGCCUAUAUUGAUACAGUGAUAUCAGCAAACAAAGGUAUGAUGAGUAAAGAAGCACUGCCCUUUAUGGAGAAGAUGAGAAAGGGGAUAGCAAAAUUUCAGAAAAUUAGAAGAUUACUUUUAGGAACAGCAGAGAGCCUUCUGUUCAACGACACACUCAUCUCACAUCUUCAGCAGCAGGGUUUUGAUGCUGUGCUGACAGAUCCUAUGGUUCCCACUGGCUCAUUAAUGGCUCGUAAAUUUGGUCUCCCCACUAUAAAUCUACUGAGAGGGAUACCAUGUUCGUUGGAUAUUAAGUCUGCAGGCUGUCCCUCUCCACCUUCAUUUGUACCCCGCUUUUUCACUGGAUACACAGACAAAAUGAGCUUCAAGCAGAGAAUUAUUAACACAAUAGUGGCUUUGUUUGAACCUCUGAUGUGCCGUUUGCUUUACUGGCACUUUGAUCAAAUUACCUCUGAAUUUCUUGGUGAGGAUACAACUGUGGCCGAAAUUCUGUCUGACUCUGAUAUCUGGUUGCUAAGACUUGACUUUGCAUCAGAGUUUCCUCGUCCUCUCAUGCCGAAUAUGGUUCUUGUAGGUGGUAUCAACUGUAAUGUAAGAAAUCCUCUGCCGGAUGAUCUCCAACCAUGGGUUUCAGGACAGCAUGGUUUUGUAGUGAUGACGUUUGGUACCAUGGUGGCUGAUAUGCCAGAGGAAACCAGAAAAAUUUUCUUUGAUGCUUUUAAACAAAUUCCACAAAAGGUUAUAUGGAGAUACAAUGGGUCAGUUCCAGAAAAGGUCCCUGAAAAUGUCAAGUUAAUGAAGUGGGUACCCCAGAAUGACUUGCUAGCACAUCCAGGGGCUCGAGCUUUCUUAACCCACGCUGGCUCACACGGAUUGUUUGAGGGACUCUGCCAUGCUGUUCCUAUGCUCAUGAUGCCAUUAACCGCAGAACAACCAGACAAUGCACAGAAGAUGGCAAACAAAGGAGCAGGGGUUGUGUUGAAUAUACAGACCAUCACUACUGAGAUCCUUCUGGAUGGACUUAAGGAGGUCAUCAACAAUCCAAAGUAUAAGGAGAACUUACAGAAGCUGUCAGCAAUCCACAAUGACCGCCCUAUUGAUCCACUUGAGCUGUCUGUGUACUGGACAGAGUAUGUGAUGAAACACAAAGGAGUAAAGCACCUCAAAGCUACUGUUAAUGAGCUUAACUGGAUUCAGUACUACAGCCUGGAUGUCACAGCUUUCCUUUUGAUUGUCACACUGCUCUUUACAAUGAUUAUAAUCAAAGGUUUAAAAUUAUGCUACAGCUGGUUGAGCUGGAAACGAAAGCAAGAUUAACCAGUGGGAAGAACCAAUUUUAUAAAGCAAUACUGUAAAGCCUGAUCAGGAAACGGAAAAAAAUGUGCCAAAUGGUCAUCAAAAACAUUUAAUAAACAGAAAUUUACAGAA